UGCAGAAGAUUCAACCGCGGCAGACUGAAGUUCAUGAUCCAAAGAAGACACAGUCAUCUAAACUAAAAAUGAGUAAGUUCACAAUGCGUGUGUUGGUGACUAAUCCUGAACUGAUUCCACUAUUUGCAAUGACUGCGACUGUUUGUUGCAUGGCUGGAUCCUAUAUCUACUACAUGGCAGCAAAGAAGCCUGAUAUACAAGUCAAUAGAUGGAACAAUAAGUUAUCUGCACCUUGGGAUGUAGUAGACCCAACACAAAAACAGAAGUUGAUGACUGUCUCACAGAAGUACAACCCUGAUAUGAAAUUACAUCAAUUGAGAAGAGAAAUCAAUUAUGCAUAUGCUCCUAAUAAAUAAGAUGUACAGCG